AUGACGAAGGGUACCGGCAGUUUCGGCAAGCGCCGGAACAAGACCCACACGCUCUGCAUCCGCUGCGGCCGCCGCAGCUUCCACCUCCAGAAGAGCACCUGCUCCUCCUGCGGCUACCCCGCCGCCCGCAUCCGCAAGUACAACUGGAGUGUGAAGGCCAUCAGGCGCAAGACCACUGGCACUGGAAGGAUGAGGUACAUGCGCCACCUGCCUCGCAGGUUCAAGAGCAACUUCAGAGAAGUACCGAGGCUGCCCCCAGGAACAGGGCCUCGGCCAACUAGGUCUGGAUUUUGCCCCAUCAGGAAUCCCGUGAAGCUAGAAUUUAAACACUUUUUGCUUGGAUUGUACUCCGCCUAA